AUGGAAGAGAUUCCAAAGCAGUGCCUCGCCGGCGUGGUUGUCAACGAGGGGCCAGACUUCCACAUCGAGGUUGUCGAGGUGCCUGUCCCAGAGCCUGGCCCCUAUGAAGUCCUGAUCAAGCUCAACACGACGGGCUUGUGCAUGUCCGAUGUGCACUAUAUGCUCAAUGACCUGGGCGUACCAUCCAUGUCACAUUUCAAGACGAGGUCUCCCGGGCACGAGGGUGCGGGAGUAAUUGUCAAAGUUGGAGCACAGGUCACAUCCCUCAGGGUAGGCCAGCGUGCUGGAAUCAAGCCAACUUGGGAUGUUUGUCAUGCGUGCGAUGUCUGCCUGUCCGGUCGGGAGAAUUACUGUAAAGGCAUGGUCUCCACGGGACUGCAAAAACCUGGCUCAUAUCAACAGUACAUCGUCUCGCCGGAGCGAUAUACUGCCCUGAUUCCAGACGGUGUCAGCGACUAUAUCGCGGGACCAGUCAUGUGCUCAGCAUCCACUAUGCUGCAUUCUCUGAAGACUGCCAACCUGUCAGCAGGGCAAUGGGCUGUGUUCGUUGGUGGCGGAGGCGGGGUUGGGCUUCAAGGCGUUCAGCUGGCAUACGCUAUGGGCCUCCGUCCUAUCGUGGUUGACACCGGAGCGAAACGAGAGGAACUGAGCCGAAAGUACGGCGCUGAGCACUUCGUGGACUUCAGAGAGACCAAGGACGCAGUGGCUGAUGUAGUGACGUUGACCGAUGGCGGUGCCCACGGUGUCUUUGUGACUGCGAUCCAAGCCUAUCCCACUGCCAUGGGAUUCCUUGGUGAUCGAGUAGGAGGAAGGCUGAUGUGUAUUGGUCUUGGACCCCCAAACACACAUACCAUCACCCUUGAUCCGACUGUUUCGAAUUUUAUGGCUAGAAACCAAUCAGUCACAAGCACCAUUGUCAGCUCAUUGGGCGAAAUCACACAGGCGCUUGACUUUGCUAAACGCAGCGCAAGGUCAAAUGGUAUGCUGGACGGCCACAUCGAGAUAGAUCUAGCUGAUGUGAAUCGUGUUCGAUGCAGUGAUCGCAUCCUCCCUAGAUGCUCGAUAUGCCUCAAGACGCAACAAGAAUGUGACUAUCCAUCCGAAGCAGCAAGACCUGGUCCCAAGCUUGGCACAACCAGACGGAAACGACCCCGAUCUAGCUCUCGGGAGAAGCAGCGCGACAAGCCCACCAUCACAGAAGUCUCGGGCUCUACUGCGCCAGUCGAGAGCGCCGAUGGCAGGACAGAGCUGGAAGCGAGCACGACUCUGGUUUCGAGUGCUAGUGUUGCCAAUGGAAGCCCGACGCCAACGUCUGCCAGUUUCAAGUCGGGGCCUGUCGGUGACUAUCCUCUGACACCUGUUGCUACGCCGCUCGAUGUACGCACUUUGGCCUUUAUCAUGCAUCCUUCUCACGAGACGUCUAUAACCCUCUCCAAUAUGGAGUUUGUAUCUUCCAGCAAGUCGAGCACCACACUAGACAACAUAGACCGGCUCGCGCAAGCAUGUGCCUUGCUCAAAGUCCCAGCAAAUGCUCUUCAACCAUAUUUAGACCUCUAUUUCGACAAUAUGACAUCCUUUUCGCUUUUCCAUCGACCUACCUUUGCGGCCAAGUUGUGCGCCAUCGACUCGAUAGAGCAGCUUGCAGCGUUGCUUGCGUCGAUCUUCUCAUUUUCAGCGCGCUAUAGAUUCAUAUCGGAUCAGGGCGCCGCUGACUUGGACGACGGUCUUGGUCCACUAUUUCCGCCCAAACAUUUCGAGGACAUGGCUCUACGAUACGUGGAUCAAGCAUUGGCCGAGUACUCGGAUCGCUCACCGCCGCUGUGUGUCUUACAAGCUCUCGUCCUCAACACAUUCAGCCAACUAAUCAAAGGGGUCCGGGGUGCAGCUUGGCGGCGGCUGGGGAUCUGCGUCCGCGUCGCAUACGAGCUUGACCUCCAUCACAUCGACCGAGAUAACACGCCCGAACAGCAAGACCCAGAUAUUUGGUGCCGGAUAGAGGAGUGCAGGCGCGCCUGGUGGGCAAUCUGGGAGAUGGACAACUUCGCCAGCCUCAUCAGGCGCUGUCCAACCGCUGUCGAUGGCACUGAUAACGAGACACGCUUCCCAGUAGCGGACGAAGAGUGGUUCGCUCUGCGCUUCACUCCCAGUUGCUUUCUUGAGACGAAGCCGAUGGAGCGGUUGAAGGCUCUUCAACACUGCAGUACCCAGAGCUCCAAGGCAUGGUUUCUCGUACUGGAUUCUCUCAUGCGCGAGGGCCAUCGACUCUCGAAAUUCAGAAGCCCGUGCCCUGGUAGGGGAACACCGCCCCCUUCAACCUGGUCUCCGUCCGACGAACCAUCAAAGGACAAUACGGAGAGUUUGCAGAUCCUUGCCAAUGCUCUGCGGUGCUUUAGCAUGGCCCUUCCAAAGCACCUGCGCUACCGGGAUGGGUUUCUGUCCUUCGCUGCUAAUGAUCCAGCAGUACGACAGCUGCAUAGCGCGAAGUACAGCAUCCAUGUAACCACUCAGCUCACGCGUAUGAUGAUCCAUCAUCAAGACGCGUACCAUGGUGCCCAACAAGAUCUACAUCUUACCGGUCUUCAGGAGGGCCCAAAUCAAGAUUCAGAUGCCACAUCAGAGAACGAGUCGCUGAGCCUGCGACUCGGACCAGCCAGAGAGGGGAUGCAGCAGUUCAUCGAGGCUGCGGAUGAACUGCUCCGCAUUGUUUCAUGGAGCUCAGAGGAGCAUGUCCGCUAUGUCAACCCGUUCCUAGCCAGCACCAUCUGGUACGGGGCGGUGGUUCAUCUGGGCUGGAAAGUGCUGGCACCACCAAGCACGAACCUCGACUGGGUCGAAUCCAAGUUUACCGUGCUACAUAUGAUCCUGAUGGAGUUCUCCGAGUUCUGGGACUUGCCCAAAACUCUCCAGGAGAAUCUGGCGUCAGUUGAAGGCAAAUUGCGCUUGUUCAAAACUCCCAAAGCUCGCCGGCCGUCUCACCCGAAUCAUGCCACCUGCGCGAAUAGAGACAGGAACACAAUUUCAUCUACCAACAAUAUGCAGUCCACGAUUUUGAAAGAUCGUCAUGCCGGUGGCCACUUCCCAGCUGCACGAUCAUCUAUGGCUCAUAACUCCGCCAUUGACGCCGACUGCCUCCCAAAUUGUAACCAGGACGACGGUCACUCUGUGGGUGCCCAGCAAUUCCUGCCGGCUAGAUUGGACAUGAAUCCUGACGGCAGAGCCACGGCUUCUAAUGGCAGUGGUCGGGAAAGUCGCUAUGCUUCUAUCGACGAGGUCGCCGUCGCAGCAGCGAUGGGCGGUAUGGGAACCAAGGACUGUGACGGCCACAAUGACCAAUACACGUUUGACGAGUCCUGCAUAUCAAGCACUGACAUGUUGAAUGGGGACGGCAACUAUGGUGAGCAAGCCACAAACAACUAUCAGACUCGCGGACUAUGGGACGACUUGACGUGGGAUCUGGACUUUGCAAUGGAUCCUAGGAGUUUGUUUCGAGGUAUCAUGGAUUAUAAUAACUGA